GGAAAAUAAGAAUACAAUGCCUUUUUCUAUUCUCGUGUAUCAACCGACACACAGGAAAUGUAUUAUUCGACAAAAAGGCAACAAUUCCUUAUCGACCAGGGAUAUAGUUUCAAGGUCAUCACUAGCUUGCCGCCACGUGAAGAAGGACCUAACCUGAGUUUUCACACACUCGAUGAACAGCUUGACCUUUUAGGCAAAGUGUUGAGCGCAGGGUAUGACAUGAUUGGUGUUGAGCACUUGGAAGAGGAUUCUGAUGGCAAGGCUCUCCUGAAGGCACGACGCUCUGCUGGAUUAAUGAGCGCAUUUUCUGGAGCGGCUGGAAUGGUCUACAUGGAGUACAACAAGGGCAAGGGAGCCAAGAAGAAGGACCCAGCUAAGAGGCAUACAUUGUUCAAGAAACACUACACUUAGGGGUUCUGUUGUAUGGCAUUUGCA